AACUAUAGCCUUCCUUGAAGAACUGCCUUUCCCAUUCACUGGCUGGAGUUACAUUGUUUCCUGCUGGCAGAACCAGGGACAUGCCAGCACUUUCUUUCUUUUCCAGUUCUCUAGACUCCAUCCUCACCCACUGCCAAGGGGCUUGGAUCUGAGCUGAUGGGAUACCUUCCUCUGCAGAGCGGGAUGAGUGGGUAUUCCAGCGGGGAUGUGGUCAUUGACGGCCAGUGAGGACGAAAGCACCACGGCCCACUUUUUCCUUGGAGCUGGAGAUGAGGGGCUGGGAACCCAUGGAAUAGGCAUGAGGACAGAAGAGAGUGACAGCGAGCUCCUUGAGGAUGAGGAGGACGAAGUGCCUCCAGAACCUCAGAUCAUUGUUGGCAUCUGUGCCAUGACCAAGAAGUCCAAGUCCAAACCAAUGACCCAAAUCCUAGAGCGACUCUGCCGAUUUGACUACCUGACUGUCAUCAUCCUGGGAGAAGAUGUCAUCCUCAAUGAACCUGUGGAAAACUGGCCGUCCUGCCACUGCCUCAUCUCUUUCCACUCCAAAGGUUUUCCUCUGGACAAAGCUGUGGCUUACUCUAAGCUUCGAAAUCCCUUUCUUAUCAAUGAUCUGGCCAUGCAAUAUUACAUCCAAGAUAGGAGGGAGGUAUACCGGAUCCUGAAAGAGGAGGGUAUUGAUCUGCCUCGCUAUGCUGUACUCAACCGUGACCCUGCCCGACCCGAGGAGUGCAACCUGAUAGAAGGUGAAGACCAAGUAGAGGUCAAUGGAGCUGUGUUUCCUAAGCCCUUUGUGGAGAAGCCUGUGAGUGCCGAGGACCACAACGUUUACAUCUACUACCCCAGCUCAGCUGGAGGAGGAAGCCAGCGUCUCUUCCGUAAGAUUGGCAGCCGGAGCAGUGUUUACUCUCCUGAGAGCAGUGUCCGAAAGACAGGGUCAUACAUCUAUGAGGAGUUUAUGCCGACAGAUGGAACAGAUGUCAAGGUAUAUACAGUGGGGCCAGAUUAUGCCCAUGCUGAAGCUAGAAAAUCUCCAGCUUUGGAUGGGAAGGUUGAACGAGACAGUGAAGGAAAAGAGGUUCGCUAUCCAGUCAUGCUGACUGCCAUGGAAAAGCUGGUGGCAAGGAAGGUCUGCGUAGCUUUUAAGCAAACAGUUUGUGGAUUUGACCUUCUUCGGGCCAAUGGUCACUCCUUUGUGUGUGAUGUCAAUGGCUUCAGUUUUGUCAAGAACUCUAUGAAAUACUAUGAUGACUGUGCCAAGAUUCUGGGAAAUACCAUUAUGCGGGAACUUGCCCCACAGUUCCAGAUCCCGUGGUCCAUCCCCACAGAGGCUGAGGACAUUCCCAUUGUUCCUACCACAUCAGGCACUAUGAUGGAACUUCGUUGUGUCAUUGCAAUUAUCCGUCAUGGGGAUCGUACCCCCAAACAGAAGAUGAAGAUGGAGGUGACACACCCAAGGUUUUUUACUCUGUUUGAGAAACAUGGUGGAUAUAAAACAGGGAAAUUAAAACUCAAGCGACCUGAGCAACUCCAGGAAGUGCUGGACAUUACAAGGCUGCUGCUUGCUGAACUGGAGAAAGAACCAAGUGGUGAGAUCGAGGAAAAGACUGGGAAGUUAGAGCAGCUGAAGUCCGUGUUGGAAAUGUAUGGUCACUUCUCAGGUAUCAACAGGAAGGUGCAGUUGACUUAUUACCCUCAUGGAGUAAAAGCUUCUAAUGACAGGCAAGAUGUCCAGCAGGAGACUCUGUCACCAUCUCUAUUGCUGGUUCUGAAGUGGGGUGGAGAACUGACACCCGCUGGCCGUGUUCAGGCUGAGGAGCUGGGGCGAGCUUUUCGCUGCAUGUACCCUGGAGGCCAGGGUGACUAUGCUGGAUUUCCUGGUUGUGGGCUACUUCGUCUCCAUAGCACUUUCCGCCAUGACCUCAAGAUCUAUGCCUCUGAUGAAGGCCGUGUCCAGAUGACUGCAGCUGCCUUUGCCAAGGGCCUCUUGGCUCUAGAAGGAGAACUGACACCCAUUUUAGUACAAAUGGUGAAGAGUGCCAACAUGAAUGGGCUCCUGGACAGUGACAGUGACUCCUUGAGCAGCUGCCAGCACCGGGUGAAGGCUCGGCUGCACCACAUUUUGCAGCAGGAUGCACCCUUUGGCCCCGAGGACUAUGAUCAGCUGGCUCCCACUGGAAGCACUUCCCUGCUCAACUCCAUGAGCAUCAUCCAGAAUCCUGUGAAGGUCUGUGAUCAGGUAUUUUCCCUGAUUGAAAACCUCACCCACCAGAUCCGGGAACGGAUGCAGGAUCCCAAGUCUGUAGACUUACAACUUUACCACAGCGAGACACUAGAAUUAAUGCUACAACGUUGGAGCAAGCUGGAGCGUGACUUUCGACAGAAGAGUGGGCGCUAUGAUAUCAGCAAGAUCCCCGAUAUCUAUGACUGUGUCAAGUAUGAUGUGCAGCACAAUGCAAGUCUGGGACUUCAAGGCACAGCAGAGUUGCUCCGUCUGUCUAAAGCACUUGCUGAUGUAGUCAUUCCCCAGGAGUACGGGAUCAGUCGGGAGGAGAAACUGGAAAUUGCUGUGGGCUUCUGUCUUCCACUGUUGCGGAAGAUACUACUUGACCUGCAGAGAACUCACGAGGAUGAGUCUGUCAACAAGCUGCAUCCCCUGUACUCCAGAGGAGUGCUCUCCCCAGGCCGCCACGUUCGAACACGUCUCUAUUUCACCAGUGAGAGUCACGUCCACUCCCUCCUCAGUGUCUUCCGUUAUGGGGGACUUCUUGAUGAAACCCAGGAUGCACAAUGGCAGCGAGCUUUGGCUUAUCUUAGUGCCAUCUCAGAGCUCAACUACAUGACCCAGAUUGUUAUCAUGCUUUAUGAGGACAACACAAGGGAUCCCUUAUCAGAGGAGCGGUUCCAUGUGGAGCUGCAUUUCAGCCCUGGAGUGAAAGGCGUUGAAGAAGAAGGCACUGCCCCAGCCGGCUGUGGAUUCCGUCCAGCCUCUUCUGAGAAUGAGGAGAUAAAAACAGAUCAAGGCAGCAUGGAGAACCUGUGCCCAGGGAAGGCAUCAGAUGAGCCAGACCGAGCAUUGCAGACUUCACCACAGCCUUCUGAGGGCCCGGGCCUCCCGAGGAGAUCACCCCUCAUUCGUAACCGGAAAGCUGGGUCCAUGGAGGUUAUGAACAUGCAGUGCACGGGGAACCUGGACCUGAUCCCCCUGAGGGGACGGCGCCGCCGGAGGUCAGGAGACCUCCCCCGGCCUUCCCCAGCCAUCGGCCUACAGCCCCGGGCUGUGUCCACCACUCACCUGGCAUCCUGCACACAGGUGCUUUCUGAGACUUCAUCCUCAAGACCUGGUGGCUACCGGCUCUUUUCUUCUUCACGGCCACCAACAGAGAUAAAACAGAGUGGCCUAGGCUCACAGUGCACAGGGCUAUUCAGCACCACAGUGCUGGGCGGCUCCUCCAGCGCCCCGAAUCUUCAGGACUACGCCCGCAGCCAUGGCAAAAAGCUACCACCUGCCAGUCUGAAGCAUCGAGAUGAGCUCUUGUUUGUCCCGGCCGUAAAACGAUUUUCUGUGUCGUUUGCAAAGCAUCCGACUAACGGAUUCGAAGGGUGCUCCAUGGUGCCCACAAUCUACCCCCUGGAAACACUGCAUAAUGCCCUCUCCUUACGUCAAGUGAGUGAAUUUCUGAGUAAUGUCUGCCAACGCCACACUGACGCCCAUGUGCAGGCCUCAGCAGCCCUCUUUGACUGUAUGCACAGCAACCAGGCCUCAGACAGCCCAUUUUCCCCACCCCGUACUCUUCAUUCACCUCCCCUGCAACUCCGGCAGCGCUCAGAGAAGCCCCCUUGGUAUAGCAGCGGCCCUUCCAGCACUGUGUCCAGUGCUGGUCCUUCCUCCCCUACUGCAGUGGAUGGCAACUCCCAUUUUGGCUUUAGUGAUCAUACCUCCCUAAACGCACAUGCGACUGAAGAAAACCAAGGCUUUGGGCUGCUCCAGGAGGCCCCUGGGAAUGGAAUGCAAGAGUUUCCCAUGGAAAGACAGCAAGACCUUUUGGAACCAACCCAGUCCUCUCAGGAGCUACCCGUAGAAACGAGCCAGCCAAAAGCCCAGAAGGUUGCUGAGGAAAUCCGCCAGCCAUGCCAGGAGGUCUCUGUGGACGUUAGCAUGCUACUCCAUGGGUUCCCUGCAGGGGGUGGGGCCCUGGAACAUGAAACCCUUGCGGAAGUUAGCAGACCCGCCCAAGAGAUCCUUGAAGAGCUCAGCCAUCCACAGCAGGCCUUUGCAGUGGAAGUUGGCAGGCUGGCCGAGGAAGCUUCUGCAAUCAGUCUGUUAUCUCAAGAUAUCCCUGAGGUUAACGCUCCCCACGAACUCCCUGAAGAGAGUGACCAGCAGGCCCAGGCGGUUCCCGAGGAAGUUAAUCAGCAGGCUUGGGUGAUCCCCGAAGUAACUGAUCAGCUGCCUAAAGAGGAUGUUCCCCAAGCUCAGUGUCUGCUUAGUGAUCCAAACCCUCAAAGCCAGGCUGGAGCCCAUGACCAACACUUACCCCUUCCACCAGCAACAUGUAAUUAAUCAUUUUCUCACUACGGAUGUCACACUAUACCAGUCAUUUGAGCCAGCAACCUUUUCUGUUGGCUCACUCACUGGCCAGUGCGAGGCUUUGACUCAACUCACACCAGAGGUGUCUGACGAAACAGUCCUCUUGGCAUGAAGCAUACCUGUGCUGAUGGUGUGCUCAGAGGUCGAGCCAGUCUCAUGUUCCAAGUUGCCAUUGGCUCUUAGCCAUUAAACUUGAAUAGGGUUUCCUUGGAGUGGUACUGGCCUGCCAUUUCCUAACCUACUCUGAGCAUCACAGAAAUCCUAGAUUGUUAAAGGAAAUGCCACUUAACUGCUGACGACACCAUUGGGGGUGGACAGCAAAGGCUUAAGAAGAAGGCUUCAAGGUCUUUACCUUUCUGAGAGACAUGUAUACAAUUUCUCGAGGCCCCUUUUGGAUGACCUGUGCAUUCAGAGGGCUCUUGUCUUUACUAGCACUCCUCAGGUAGGUCCAAGAUGGCCAUCAGAAACAUCUAGAAAACAGAGAUCCCUUCCCAAGCAAACACCACUCUUGCCCACUCAUCUUCAGACUGGACUUAUGAGUAUUUCCAUGUCAUGUCCAAGUGCCCCUCUGCCCUAGUCCUGGUCUUCUGGAAAGUUGCUCUAGGGAUGAAUGGGUAUUGGAGUCUGUUGCAACUUCAGAGUAACUACUUAUAACUCUCUGGGGUCGAUGUGUGUGAAGUUGGGCCACCUGUUAUUGUGGGGCAGACUGGCUUAGAAGAUGCUGGAGAAAAGAGAAUCAGGUUCUGUUUUAAGCAGUUAGCAGAGAUGAAUAUUGUACAGACAUGAACAAAGAUUUAAUAUAUAUAUACAUACAUAUAUAUAUAUAUAUAUAUUUCUGUAGUUUGCCAGGGACAGACUGGCCAAAGACCAAACACUCCAGAGUCCCCAAGAAAUAUGUCCUUUUAUCAUGUGUCUUUAGGACCAGAUGUGAUUUAUGAAGCUUUUCCCAAAGACGUAGGGAUGGGAGUAAGGGUAGGUAGGAGGGUUGAUGCAGUCAGUCAUUGGAAUCUGGGGCCGGAACGUUAUGAGUGCUCAAUAAACAUGAAAUAA